UUUCUCUGCCCCUCCUCUGCCAGUGCUCUCUCAAAUACAAAUAUUUAAAAGAAAAAAAGGUGAGUCACCCGAUGUGCAUGUUCUCAGCAAAAUUAGAACAAAGUGAUGCCCUGCCUUGUUUCAGCUCUCAUCCUGUAAACAAGUGUCCUUUUCACAGUCUGUGCCACAUUUUUCAUAUUUUUGCAAUUUUUCUUGGUGAUUUUGCUGUACAAAAUGACCCCCAAACACAGUGUUGAAAUGUACUCUAGUGUUUCUGAGUACAGGAAGUCUGUGAUGUGCCUUAUGGAGAAACUAUGUCUGUUAGAUAAGCUUCAUCCAGGCAUGAGUUAUAGCAUUGCUGGCUAUGAGUGUUCAUGGUUACUGAAUCAACAAUAUAUAUUUAUACAGGGUGUCUUUAAAUAGGUUGAUAGGUUGAUAAAAAUAGGAUGACCAGAGGCUCACAGGACCUUGACACUGUAUUUCCCCUAGAAGUAGUAAGUCUGUAUUUGCCCAUUCAGUGCUCACAGAGACUUUAUAGAAUGUAACUACCACAAAUAAUCAGGCAACAUGAGGCGCUGCUGAAGACAUAGAACUCAUGUUCCUGAGAUAAGUUAAUAAGUUGUUACCCCCUUCACCAUAGGGCCAUGGAAGAUGUUGAUAUUGGUAGUAAUUGUAUGUUCUGGACUGCAAAGGACAAUGUAAGAGUUUUUUGAUUCGCUGACAACUGAAUGAGAAAAUGUCUUUUCUUUUUUCUACCAUGCCUUUGUAAGGAAGUGUGGAUUGAUGGCAAUCAGGAGUUACUUCCCUGUGAAGUCUGUGGAAGACGCUUUGCAGCAGAUGUUCUGGAAAGACAUGGACCAAUAUGUAGGAAACUCUUCAACAAAAAGCGUAAACCUUUCAAUUCCCUGAAACAAAGAUUACAGGGCACUGACAUUCUCAUUGUGAGAACAGCUCCUCAGUCCAAGCAUCAACCUGUGAGGAGAUCUAACUGGAGACAACAGCAUGAAGAUUUCAUUAAUGCAAUCCGUUCAGCCAAGCAGUCUACACUAGCCGUUAAAGAAGGCCGACCUCUCCCACCUCCACCUCCUCCAUCCAUCAACCCAGAUUAUAUUCAGUGCCCAUACUGUAUGAGGAGGUUUAAUGAAACCGCAGCCAGUCGGCAUAUUAAUUUCUGCAAGGAUCAGUCUUCUCGCCGAGUCUUUGAUCCAGCCCAGACAGCAGCCAAAAUGGCAUCCAGGGUGCAGGCUAGGGCUCAGAUGAGUCCAAAAAAAGAGCCAACUGUAACCAGUGCCGUGAGAGUGUUGCUGCAGAACAGGGCCCUGGGAUCCCCGACUGUGGUCCCAGCUAGGCCAGGAUUAGCAGUGGACCCUGCUUCUGGAGCAAAACUCAGACAAGGAUUUACUAAAUCUUCUAAAAAAGAUUAACUCCUAGAGGCCAGACGGUCUCCCCUUAUCAGCCUGCGUGGCUGUGUACCCAGGAAUGCCACCUAAGGGGGGGGAAAGGCAGACAGCUGUUCCAUAAGCCCACGAUUCUUCUUGAGACGUCAUGUAGAACAAGUAAAAACCAGAUUCAGAUUUUCUUCUUCUUUACUCCCUUUAAAAUUUUCAAAACAGUAUCAUUAAACAACAUAUCAGCCUGCGUGA